AUGUACCAAUCCCCUCUCCCCAUUUCUUCAUGCAACGGUCUCUCUCUCUCGUCUCUUUUUUUUCCUUCUUUGGACAUCUUUUUCCUGCUAUCAACAUUACUCAUCUUAUACGCUCUCUGCCCUCUAUGGAAGCUCCUCCAACAAUGGAGAAACAGAGGAUGCUACCUCAUCGACUUUGUCUGCUUCAAACCCUCCGAUGACCGAAAGAUCCCUACGGAUUUCUGCGGCAAGAUCUUGAAGCGCAACGAAUGCCUCGGCCUCGAGGAGUACCGCUUCCUUCUCAAGAUCAUCGUGAGCUCCGGCCUCGGCGAGCACACCUACGGCCCCCGCAACAUACUCGAGGGCCGCGAGAACUCCCCGACCCACGACGACUCCAUCUCCGAGAUGGACGAGUGCUUCUUCGCCACCCUCGACGAUCUCUUCACCAGGACUGGCUUCUCUCCUUCAGACGUCGACGUUCUCGUCCUCAACGUCUCCAUGUUUUGUCCUGCUCCAUCGCUGUCUGCGAGGAUUAUAAAUAAAUACAGGAUGAGGGAGGACGUCAGGGUGUUUAAUCUCUCCGGUAUGGGAUGUAGCGCGAGCGUGAUCGCGCUUGAUCUCGUCCAGAAUGUAUUAAAAUGUCACGAGGAAACUCUGGCUUUAUUGGUGACGUCGGAGUCGAUUGCGCCGAACUGGUACUCAGGGAACAGGCGGUCGAUGAUGCUUGGAAACUGUCUGUUCCGCUCUGGUGGCUGCUCUGUCUUGUUGUCCAAUGAUCCAAAACUGAGGCACAGGGCGAAGUUCCAGCUGAAGCAGCUCGUCCGGACCCACCUCGGGAAGAGCGACCGGGCCCACAAUGCUGCCGUGCACACCGAGGAUGAGCACGGGCAUGGCGGGAUGGAUCUCAGCAAGGACCUGCCGAAGGCGGCAGCCCAGGCAUUGCUCGAAAACCUUGGUGUCUUCGCUCCAAAGAUACUUCCGGUCAAGGAGAUCGUCCGUUACGCUGUACUUAAUGUGGCCAGCUCGAUAAGGAGAAGGAGAAGAGCAGAUCAGAAGAUCGGAGGUGGGGCGAAAGUGAUCGUCCCGAAUCUUAAAGCUGGGGUGGAUCACUUCUGUGUUCACACCGGAGGGACGCUUCAUCGGUUCGGGAAUACGUCGGGGAGCAGUGUGUGGUAUGUUCUUGGGUACUUGGAGGCGAAGAAGAGGUUGAAGAAGGGGGAGAGGGUGAUGAUGAUAAGCGUUGGGGGAGGGUUCAAGUGCAACAGUUGCCUCUGGGUUGUGAUGAAGGAUUUGGACGGCGAGGACGACACCGGUGGAGCCUGGAAGGAUUGCAUUGAUGAGUAUCCUCCCCAGACUUUGGUGAAUCCUUACCUGGAGAAGUUUGGUUGGCUCUAUGAUGACAACCAAGCUCACAGGAUUGAGUUCCUCUAGGGCGGGUAAGUAAGCGGCGUACCAAUUUUAUCAGAACAUUUCGCAUGCGAGCAGGUAAUUACUUCGAUGGAAAAAAAAAUAUAGGAUGAUAGUUUGAAGAUUUCACCUGCUAUGUUAAUGCUCGCAUGCCAGGUAUUCUGAUGAUGCUUGUAUUAUUUGUAUCCGGUGGGCGGAUGAGUUGGGUGGAGUAACUACACAGCGAUUCAAGGGACAAGGGUCCGUUGGAUAGAUUUUCAUGAUAGUUUGUUAGAUUUUAUUAUCAUAUCAUCAAAUUUGUAUGUUGUUAGAUUCUAUUUGCCUUCCAUUUAUUCAUGUCUAAAAUUGAGAUUGAGA